GCGAUUACGCGGGAUUCGACGAGAACGAGCCCACAUCCCGGUCGGGUGGUAAGGGGCUGGUGGUGAGGCGGCUGAAGGAGCAGCUCGGGUACCAGCGGCUGGUCAUCAUCGGUGACGGCGCCACCGACGCCGAGGCGAGCCCGCCCGCUGACGGAUUCAUUGGUUUUGGGGGCAACGUAGUGCGCGACGAAGUGAAAAAGAGAGCUAGCUGGUACGUGACCGACUUUCAAGAGUUGAUAAACUCACUAACCAUACAAGUGGCCAAGUGAAAACACGCCCCGUGUUAGAAAAAAUUACACGUAUUAUGUUGAGAAACGGUUGUCUAUGGACGGGCACACGGCCACAGAUCAUAAAAUCCAUAGACCGCUGCACCAUAGAGCACACGUCAGUUGUUAUUUUACGGCGCGGACUCACUGUGUUUUCGCCACUGACGUUAAAAAUAGCUGUGCUAUAUUUUAUAUAUUUAAUCCGAACUCCAAAAUGUUUUUAUAGAAAUUUGUCCCCGUUUACGUCCAUUGAACAAUGUUUUUAUAUCCUUAAGGAAUGACUAGUAAAUUUUGAUUUUUUUUCCUAACAUGUAUGUAAAUUUAAAUAUAUAUUUAUUCUGUAGAAAUCACAAUCUGUGAUCGUUACUGCCAUAGUUCCCCGCGCAGUCUGUAGAGUGCACGUGUAUUUUGGAUUGUGCAUUUAUUGUUGUUAUUUCGAUAUUGUGAUGGUACUUUGAGUACAAAAUUGACGUUCUACAUAAAGUAUUUGCGCGGACUAAGUCUGUGCUUCGUGUUGGUUUUUAUGUUGGUUUUAGUAUAUGUUAUAUAACUUAGGUUAUUAGUUAAUGUAAAAGUUAUAUGUAUGUUAAUAGCUAUAAGGAAUUGUGGUCUAAAAUUUAUUAAUGUUUUAUAAUUUAUUUUGUUCAAUAUUUGGAAUUGUAUGAAAUUUUCAUUAUAAAUGGAAAAAUCCUCACGUCAAAAACGGCUGUGUACUUCUUAUGAAUAAGAAAUAAAUAUAUUUAAUUAAGUUAAA